AUGAAAUAAUCAUAAUAAUCUUUAAAAAGCAUUUCCAAUAUCAGAACCCAAUACUAUUUAUCCUCUUCUUUAGUGGGUUCUCAAAAUGCUCAAAAAAUCAAUAAAGGAAAAUCAACAUAUAUUGAUGAUACGAACAAGAGUAUAUAAUUAAUUCUUAUAUUGAAGCAAAAGAAACUAAUUAUUAAUUAAAUGAAAAGAGUAAAUCUCAAAGUAUAGUAACUUAUAAGAAAAUAAAUGUUAGUAGAGAUAAUCAAAAAUCUGAUGAUUCUCAAAUAUUACCUUAAUUUAAGAAAGACAUACUAAAAUCAAGAUAAUCUCAAUAAGUUAUUCAUAAGACAAAGUAAUAAUAAAGAUCUGACUCUCCUUUAAUUCCUAUUGAUAGUUUACCUUAAAUUGAACCAUCAAAAAUUUCAACCAAAAAUGUUGGUAUAGUUUCUGCCUAUGCUGCAAAUACACAUUAAGGAUUAGUAAGAACUUACAAUGAAGAUAGAGUAUCAAUAAUUCUUAAUUUAAUGAAACCUGCUUCAAAUACAUUUGCUGGAUAAUGGCCUUAAAGUUCAUUUUUUGCAAUUUAUGAUGGUCAUGGUGGUGCUGCAUGUGCUGACUAUAUGAGAGAUAAUUUACAUUAAUAUGUAAUUUCUUUAUUUAAUGUAGAUAAUAAGAGAAGAUUGUUUUCCAUCAAAUCCAAGAUUAGCAAUAUCGAGAGGUAUAGAAAAAGCUGAAAAAAACUAUCUUUAAUUAGCUGAUCAAAAAGUAUUAGAUAAAUCUGGUUCUUGUGCUGUGAUAGCCUUGAUUGUUGAUAAAGCUAUUUAUAUUGCCAAUAUUGGAGACUCUCGUGCAAUAAUCUCUCAUUAAGGCAAAUGUUCAUCCAUUACUGUUGAUCAUAAACCCUCUUAAGAAAAUGAACAAUAAAGAAUUACUAAACUUGGUGGAUAAAUCUAUUAGGCUUAGAUUUAGGUUUCAAAUGGUGAUAUUUAAUUUGGUCCCUAUAGAGUACUACCUGGUAGACUAGCUGUUUCAAGAACAUUAGGAGAUGCAGAAGCCAAAUUACCAAAAUAUGGUGGAAUUCAAGGAGUAAUAUCAGCUCAACCCGAUAUUUUUCAAAUCUCAGUUACUGAUUAAGAUUUCUUGAUUUUGGCUUGUAAUUUUAAUUGUAGAUCAAGGUGAUGGAAUAUUUGAUAAAAUGUAUAGUGAAGAAGUCAUUUAAAGUGUUUGGACUGUGAUCUCGCAUGAUGUUCAUCAUUUUGCUGGAAAAGCAGUUGAAACUAUUAUGAGACAAUCCAUGUCUAGAAAAACCGUAGAUAAUGUUACUGUUGUAUUCAUAGCCUUUCCAUAAUUAGAAAAAAAGUUUAAAAAACAAUAACAAUAAUGA